CACAGCUUGGUCCUUCCUGCAAAGCCGUUUCCCCGCUCUCUGGGGAGGGGUCAGACUCCCAACGGCCCCCGAGGGAUUCACAGCUCGUGGGCUAGUCCUGCUGGGCACUGCGGAUGCACCCUGCUCCCCCGGCACCCUGCUUCCAGCAGGCGCCUUUGCCCAGCUGGCCAGAGGGGUUGCAGGUGAGCUGUCCAGCACCGCUUCCCUCUCCAACCUGGGGACAGGUGUGCUGCUUCUGUGCCCUCGGGCUGCUGCUGGAGGGGCCUUUGUGAGGUCCUGCCAGCGCUGCCCCGUAGCCAGUGGCACGGUCCACGGAGGGGCUGGGGGCUCCCUUCUCAUGGGGCAGUCAGCUCCACAGGUUCCCUGCACCGGGCCUCCCCUGCCAGGGGGUUAUUCACAUCCUGAGGGUCCUCUGCCUUUCUCCCUGGGGAGCAGCCGGAGCCGUGCCUCCUUGACGGGCAGGGGAGACAAACGUUGGGUGCUUCUCAGGCUGCCUGGUGGGUGGUGUGGCUGGACCUGCCUGAGCCACCUGCCUGCCUCCCCCAUGACUGUCUGGGGCAGCAGGUCCCCUCCACCCCCAGGGUCCCUGGCCCAGGACAUGCCAGGAGGAGCCAGGCAGCCCCGGCAUGGUCUCUGAGGGAGGAGGACAGACUGGCUGUGUGAGAGGCUGAGGACAGGCAUUGAGUCACUUGCUCCGUGGCCACGGCACAGCGGCUGUCGGGCUCCUCGGUGCUGGGGGCCCUGGGGGAGUUUCCCUGUCACUGAAGCAAGUGGACAGGGCUUUCCCAGGUACAUGCAGUCUGUCCUGCUUGGCCUAGAGGGACGGCUGUACCCAUGGCCCAGAGGACAAGCUUGGCUGCACAGGGUCCCUGAUGCUGGCUGCUUGGUCCCAUCAGCCGUAUCCCACCUCACCUAGGCCUGGUCGUGGCUGCGUGCUGCGGCCCGGGCAGGCUCCUGCGUCCACAUGCACGUGCCCAGGAGAUGUGACUUAUGACUCGGGCUUUGCUUGCAGGCAUGAGAGAGCACUGACAGGGAAUCCCGUGGGCACGGGGCCCUCCCUCUCCUCUGCCAGCCCCACAGCUGAGACCCCGGCUCUGCUCAACCUUACGGCCCAGGGCAGUACCUGGCAGUCGCCCAGCAGGGGUGGGUCCGGGGCACCACCAGUCUGUGCCCUCUGCUCCUCCAUCAUCCCCCCUGUGGUUGCGGUCCUGCUGGGCCUGUCCGUGGCCGCUGCGGUGCUCUGCAGGAGGCGCUGCCGGACUUCAGGCAAGUUCCCGAGCCAGGAUGACAUCCGCGCUGCUGAAGCAGGGGCUCCCCAGACCCAGCCCAUCAUGGGGGGGUGCCGGCAGGGGGCUCCCAGGCCCCUGGUAGGGGCUGCAUGGCUCCCGCUGAGGGAGGCACGCACCUCCUUCAAGACGUGGAGACACAAGCAGGUGAGUCCAUGCUGGAGCCUGCAGCUGGCUGCUGCAGAGACCUGGACCCUAGAGGUCUUGCUGCUGCUCCAGAUGACUCCACCCAGCUCUGCCACCCGUGUGGAGGUGGUUGCGACCAUACGGGUGCUCUGA